AUGGCUUCGCAAGGCGAGCAUCACGUCCACCUCGAUGCAACCGCAGGCCGCGAGGUUGUAUUCUGCCACGCCUGCUCCCACGAGUGGUAUCGUGACGAUCACGGCUUGACGUGUCCGGAAUGUCACGGGGAGAUCACCGAGAUUAUCGAUCCCGACAACGAUCCUCGCGACCUUGAACACCGUUCUUCUGCCUCCACCUCGCCUGAAAUUGGCCCGUUUCGAUACCACGAUGACGACUCCGAUCCGGAAGAAGGCAAUAUCGAUGAGCACCUCGGGCCGCAUGGCUUUGGCUUUCGGCGCAGUGUUCGGGAUGGUCCGGACCCGCACCACCAUAAUCCUGCAGUCGACCCAGUUCUCGAGCGUUUCCUCGACAUGAUCCAGGGGUUUGCUCCCUCUCGAAGACCUGGUGGACCCGGUGGCUCAUUUCCUUCAAGUCCCGGUGAACGACCUGGUGAUCAUGACCCCUUUGCACCCCGCAUACAUCGGACAACCUUCACUUCUGGGCCCUUUGGGGGCGGCACAACAUCUGUGACCAUUGUGUCAGGGCCGAUCCAAGGAUCGCGAGGUGGUCCUCCCAUGCCAGGCGCCGACCCAUUCCAAAUGCUCUUCUCAAAUAUGAUGCGUGAUAUUGGGCCACCGGGUGAGGGCAACCAAGGAGGCGAUGAAGGGCCUGGGGGAGGACCACCUCCUGGAUUCGCUCGAAGCCUGCACGACAUUCUAAGCCUCCUUAACCCCGCGAAUGCCAUGGCUGGCGAUGCUGUCUACUCUCAAGAGGCUCUGGAUCGGAUCAUAACUGGACUGAUGGAGGCAAACCCUCAGUCAAAUGCCGCUCCGCCAGCCACAGAAGAAGCUCUCCGGAAUUUGGAGCGGAAACCAGUGAAUAAGGAGAUGCUGGGAACUGAGGGAAAGGCGGAAUGUACUAUUUGCAUUGACGAGAUGAAGGAGGGUGACAUGGCUACAUUCCUGCCAUGUAAGCAUUGGUUCCACGAGGAUUGCGUUGUUCUGUGGUUGAAAGAGCACAACACUUGCCCGAUUUGCCGCACUCCGAUCGAAAAGAAUGAUCCCAGCGGCAGUAACAAUAACGCCAGCAACAACAACAAUAGCGGCAACAAUAGCAGCAACCGACCUCAAGGACCGCCGUCGGGACAGAGUUCAGGUCGGCCGAGUCCAUUUGGACCACCCCCUGGAUUUGGAGGAGGUUCGGGCUGGUUUUCUGGGGGCUCACCCGGCUGGGGAGGAUCCGCUGAAAAUGCUGGUGGUCCCCCGUCAAGGCCUGUUCGAUACUCACGCCCUCCAAGCCAGAGUCAAAGUCGUCUGAACGAGGCUUUACGGAAUAUCUCGUCGAUGCAACGAGAGCGGGAGCGUGAUCGUGACCGAGAUCGAGAUCGGGGAACAUCAUCUGGAUUCAGUUACGAUACCUCCCGUAUGCAGAGGCGUAGUUCGCACUCUCCCACAAGUCCCCGAGCGACGGCCCCUGGUGAGCAUGGAGCGCGGAUGAGGCAGAGAAGUCCUUCAGAAAGCAGUCGGCGGACGGAAGAUUCGGAUCAACGGCGGCAAGGCCACGGACCCAUAAGCUGGCUCCGUGAUCGGUUCGGCAGCGGCUCCGGUAAUGGGUCGCCGCGCGACGGAAGACGACAGUAG